CUUGGGCCCCAGGAGGCGGGCGGGACAGAUCGCAGAGAGCCGCCGCCCGGCGGGGAGUAGAUGGAGGUGGCCGAGCCCGCGCGGCGCCGGGAGUGAGCGGCAGAGCAGGGGACCGCAGAGGACUCGCCAUGGAGGAGGAGGGUGUAAAGGAUGUGGGUGAGAAGCCUCGAGGAGCACGGACGGCAGACAAGGCUGGCUGGAUCAAGAAGAGCAGUGGGGGCCUCCUGGGUUUCUGGAAAGACCGAUAUCUGCAGCUCUGCCAGGCCCAGCUGCUGGUCUAUGAGAACGAGGACGAGCAGAAAUGUGUAGAGACGGUGGAGCUGGGAAGCUAUGAGAAGUGCCAGGACCUUCGUGCCCUCCUCAAGCGGAAACACCGAUUUAUCCUGCUUCGAUCCCCAGGGAACAAGGUCAAUGACAUCAAAUUCCAGGCACCCAGUGGGGAGGAGAAGGAUUCCUGGAUCAAAGCCCUCAAUGAAGGGAUCAACCGAGGCAAGAACAAGGCUUUUGAUGAGGUAAAGGUAGACAAGAGCUGUGCCCUGGAGCAUGUGACCCGGGACCGUGUGCGGGGAGGCCAGCGGCGCCGGCCACCAACAAGAAUCCACCUGAAGGAGGUAGCCAGCGCAGCUUCUGAUGGGCUUCUGCGCCUGGACCUUGAUGUUCCAGACAGUGGACCACCAGUGUUUGCCCCCAGCAAUGAUGACAGCUCAGAUCAGCCCCGGGAGACACCACAGCCCCCCAUGCCUCCAACCAAGCCUUCCCCGGCACCAGAGACGACCAGCCUUAGUCACACAGUGGAGACUCCUGUUGGGGAGAGAACCCCAAUCCCUGUGGGGGAGAGAGCCCCAACCCCUGUCUCAGCAAGCUCUGAAGUCCACCCUGAGAGCCCAGAGGACUCAGAGACCCCCAUAGGCGAGGACAGCAGCUCUGGGCAGCCCCCCAACAGCACCCUGCCUGAUAAACUGAAGGUAAACUGUGAGAACCCCAGUUCCCAGGAGCCCCCUGCUCCAGAAAGCACAGAACUGUCCCAGGAGCCCUGUCCUGAGACUUCAGAGGCCAUGUCCAGAAAGGGUGGGAAGCCUCCUACACCCCCGCCUAAGAUCUUAUCGGAGAAACUGAAAGCCUGUGUGAGUGAGAUGAAGGCUUCUGGGCCAGCCCAGAGUCCUGGGACCCCUGAGAUCUCUGUCCCUGGCCCAACACAGGUCUCAGUGAAUGGCAUGGAUGACAGUUCUGAGCCUGCCAAGCCAUCUCAAACCACAGGCACCCCAGAAACUCCCCCAAAGGAUGCAACAACAUCUACAGUACUGCCCCCCUGGGAUCUGCCACCUCAAUUCCAUCCCCGCUGCUCCUCCCUUGGGGACCUGCUUGGGGAAGGCCCCCGGCGUCCCCGGCAGCCUGGGGAACGGCUAUAUCGGGCCCAGCUGGAGGUAAAGGUGGCCUCAGAACAGACGGAGAAACUGUUGAACAAGGUCCUGGUCAGUAAGCCGGCUCCUGUGAGCGCUGAGACAUUGCUGAGCCAGGCUGUGGAGCAGCUAAGGCAGGCCACCCAGGUCCUGCAGGAAAUGAGAGAUUUGGGAGACCUGAACCAGGAAGCGCCUGGGCUAAGGGAGAAGCAGAAGGAGCUUGUGACCCUGUACAGAAGAAGUGCUCCCUAGGGCCCACCAGGCCAGGGGCUCAGUCCCUUCUGGUCGCCUCUGUCCAUUAAAGCCCAGUCCUGCUGAGAAAUGUGCUUCUGUUCAGGCUACAGAAGGACCAUUGGGCAGGUCAGGAUUUGGCCAGCACCUGAAGAGACUCCUGGUGUCCUUCUUGCCCUGCUCUGGCCAGUGGUGCCAGGUGUCACCCAGGGCCACUGUCUGGCUGUCUGACCUGUUCUCUGGGCUCUGGGCCUGAGCUAGGAGCACACACACUGGGACCUAUGUGCUUGUGUGGUUGUUCCAAACUGCCCCAGGGCUUUGGCACACCAUUUGGGGUUUCUGGGGGUGGCAUCAUCUCUGUAGUUUACAUUCCUGACUUCUGAAUAGAGCACAGCUGAGCCUUCUGCAGCCCCCAUCUCCAAAUAUUCCCAGGCAAAGAGCUUCAUGGCAAGGCUGCCUCAAAGCCAACUCCUCCCCCCCCUUCUGAAUAGCUGCAGAGGUCUGGGGUCCAGGGCAUAGGUUCAUUUCCCAUCUGGCAAAACAAGGGCAUUUUUGACAGCCCCCUCUUUGUUGGCCAGCUAUGAUUAGGGGGCUUAGAUCUGGAGGAAUCCAGAGUGGAAGAGGACCUGCUAGUCUAGUGUCUGCCCCAGGGUUACCUUGUAUCUACCCUUGCACAUUCCUGAAGAGGUGAGCCCUAGAGAGACCCUCACGUCAACACCAGAAAAACCUGUAGGUGGGAUAGUUAUAAACCAACCUUCCAAAGAGAAUCCUCUCAACCUCUGCUGCCUGAGAUGGGUUUUGUUUGGGCCGCUGUGGUUCCUUCUGCCUCAAACAAGUCCAGUAUCCCAGUCAUUUUGUCAGAUGCUGAUGCAUUUAUGUUGGGAUCUGAAUCCACUUCCCCCCUCUCCUCUUUCCCCCUA